UUUCCUGCUACUCGACGCGACCGUUUCCUGUACCUUGUAAACAAGUCGAUUAUUCUCACGUGUCGCACGUUUGAUCGAUACAAAUCAAUAAAUAGUAGAUAUAUGUCAUGUAAAAAUGAGGUAAAUUUCUAGGCCUGUGUGCUGUGAGAGAGAAGCAGAUCGCCGGUGAAACGGAGCCUAGCAUGCUAGCAGGUUCUCUGUGCUCAUCAGUUCAUCAGUUCCAGCGAAGGAAGUGUGACUUUAGCCUUGAUGCAGAGGAGGAUUGAGCAGGUUCGGCAUCGUAGUGUAUCAUUUUAAAGAGGCCAUCUGAAACAGUCUGUAUUCAGGGUUAAAGCACCUUAUCGUGUGGGAACCGCGACGGUAACUGCUUUCCGCAAUGACUUCUGUCAAACCCACGAUCGACGACAAAGUCCUGCAGUACGAGUCUUUUAUCAAUGACGUACUGAAGAGAGAUUUACAGAAAGUGUUGGAGCAGAGAGAUGGUGUAUAUGAAAAAAUUGCACAAUACCUUCAACUGAAGAAUACAAUUAAAAGCAUUCAGGAAACUGACAGCAAAGAACUGAAGACAGAUGUAGACCUUGGCUGUAAUUUCUAUGUUCAAGCUCAUGUUCCUGACACUUCCAAAAUCUUUGUUGCAGUUGGAUAUGGAUUUUUUGUGGAAUUCACGCUCUCUGAAGCUUUGACGUUCAUAGAGAAAAAGACCAGCCAGCUUACAGAGUAUACUGAGGUUCUUACUAAAGAUGCAGCAAAAAUCAAAGCAAACAUUCGCAUGGUUUUGGAGGGUUUAAGGGAACUGCAGGGUCUGAAAGAUCUUCCUGAGCCCGGAAGGAGAGAGGUGUUUUGAUUGCAAGAUGACACCUCAUUGUCAUACUUUAUGCUUUUUUUUGAGAAAGUAUGCAUGACUGAGAUGGGUUUGGGCAUCAUGUGGUGUAACCAUUGUGCAGAACAAUGUAGUUCAAUGGGACUUGGUUUCUUAACAGGUUGUACUGUUAUGUUACAAAAUUGAUGGAUUCAAUAAAUGACAGCUUAUUUUGAAUA